AUUCGGCUAGCGGUUAAGAGUUCACGAGGAAGCGUUCACUGUCACUUCGGGCACAUGUAAAGAGCUUUAGAUCAAAAACGGUAAUAAUGUCAUCUAUUAACAUCUCAAGAGAAGCGCUUAUAGGCUCUGCGACGCUUGGAUUGAUGUUUAUAGCGGGCUAUUAUGUGGGCAAACGCAAAUCGAAAUUCUCAAGAAUGUCAUCGGGUAAAAGUCAUGUGGGUGGUAAGGACGACCCUGUGAUGCAAUAUCUCCUGAAUCAUUCUCUGAGAGAGCACCCUGCCCUUAAAAAACUGCGCCUGAGAACUAUGGAGCAUAAAUGGAAUUUCAUCAUGGUGGCGUGUGAGCAGUCGCAGUUGAUGGCGAAUUUGGCCCGAUUAAUCAAGGCCAAGAAGGCUAUCGAAAUUGGUGUGUAUACGGGCUAUAACGCGUUGAGUAUUGCUCUCGCGCUGCCAGAAGAUGGAAAGCUGAUUGGAUGCGACGUAAGUGAGGAGUACACCGACAUUGGCAGACCCUUCUGGAAAGAGGCUGGCGUUGAACACAAAAUCGACCUGCGUCUGCAGCCGGCACUGAAAACUCUCGAUGAACUGCUGGCUGCAGGUGAAGCCGAGACAUUUGAUUUUGUCUUCAUUGAUGCUGAUAAACAGAACUACGACAACUACUAUGAGAAAUCUUUGCAGCUGGUCAGGAAAGGAGGAAUAAUUGCCAUUGAUAAUGUCCUGUGGAGCGGGCGAGUAGUGAAUCCAGCAGAGGGUGAUGUGGACUCUAUCAGCAUCGAUAAACUGAACAAGAAACUUUACCAAGACAUCAGAGUGAACCUGAGCAUGCUCACUGUGGGCGACGGGCUAACGCUUGCAUUCAAACUCUGAGCUCAUAGGAGACACACUAACAUUAAAACUACAAGUCCCAUAACACACUGAAGGAACUUCCAAAAACGAAUCGCUCUGUUCCAAAACCUAGCAUUUUAAGGCAUCGUAGGCGUGUACCUGACGUGAAGGCUGUUCCAAAAGUUUGGCCCUUCUGGAUAUCUUCUUUUGGGCCUAAUUUUUCAGAAUGCAUUGCCCAAUCAAAUUUUAAAAACGGACUAUUUUACCCAAUAAGCAAAUAAGCAUAUUUAUGCUUAUUUGAGUAUCGCAUAAACUUAGCAACAUGCUAACUGCAAACAAUCAAUUGUAAUUUGAGUCUCCCAUGAGCAAUAUUUGUAUGAAGCACAGAGAUGUUGCCUGCAGUAUAUAGAGCGUUCUAAAUCGAUCACUUAUGAGUUCCAUCCAUUGCAGUUAGGAUACUUGCCUUAUAACGGAGACAGCAAGGCAGUUCACUAGGUUUUGGAACAGCACCUAAGGUUUCAAGGACAUACAGUAUGUGUUACAGUGGAUUUGUAAUCAUUGUUUUAUUGAGGAUAUACAUUAUAUUUUAAUCAUUGAAAUGUGACUAUAUGAAGGCAAAGUUUUGCAUUAAAAUUAUGUUGCCAACUACUGAUUAUGUUUCUAAAAAUGCCGAGUAAAUGUGAAAUUUAUUUGUGGAAUAAAAGUUUUCAACAAUCAAAAGAAAA